GUCUCGGAGACAAAGCUCCAGUGAGGGGAAUGGUGAGAGGAGACGCACACAGACCUCUGGAGAGCUGCGCGUAUCACGGUCACUGAGGACAUGUCUGUGGAUGAGGUGUACGUGUUCCGGCCCUUUAAGCUGAUAGCCCUGUUCUGCGUCUUCCUGGCGCUCUGCCUGGACGUGGUGGCUCUGCUGAGUCCAGCCUGGGUCACUGCCGAGCAUUUCUCCCUGUCUCUCUGGGAGUCCUGCUCCCAGUCCGGGCUCCGGCAGCCCGCGGAGGAGGCAGCGGCAUGGAACUGCUUCUCCACCCUCACAUCUGACUGGCAGAUUGCCACCCUGGUGCUCCUGGGGGCCGGUGCGGUCGCUACUCUGGUGGCUUUCCUGGUGGCCCUCAUUUCUGUCUGCUGGGGGACAAAGAGACAGCACUACCGCAUUGUAGCAGUGUUCCUCUUCACUGCAGUUGUUUUGCAGGCCUGUGCCCUGGUCCUCUACCCAAUCAAGUUUAUAGACGGAACCGUUCUGCAGACCUAUCACGAGUUCAACUGGGGCUACGGACUCGGCUGGGGAGCCACCAUCUUUAUGCUGGGUGGAGGAAUCCUCUUCUGCCUGCGAACAGACAUUUACGAGGAUGCCAUGUACUAGUGAAAAGUCCUGCCCUGCUGCUGAAAAUGCACACGUGAACACUCAGAAACUUCUCUUUGCUCUUCACAUGGCCUGUAUGCCAGCACAGAGCCCAUGUCUUGUUUCUGCCUCCUGUCUUGCUCUUGCUGUUAUUCUUAGACAGGUUGUGAAGGUGCUAUUUAGAGCCAGAGCUUUUGAGAAUAAACCUCCAC